GUGGGAUGAUCUGUCGUCUAUAAUGUGCCUGACAUCCACAGACAUAUCUUAUGAGGCAGUACGGGAUACACAUGGACUCAGUCAAAGUCAAUACAGGCUAAAUGACUCAAGAUUUAACGCACUUCACUAUUAACAGUAACACCAAAGAGAAAUAAGGGCUGCGACUGUCGCGUGGGGCAGAAUGAACCUCUUCUUCCUGCAGUUCCUCCUCCUCCUAUACCAGUGCUGCCAGCAGGCCAGCAGCAAUUGUGUAAGUGGAACAAACACGGACCACAAGCCAUUGGUGAGCUGCAUAGAUAUGGGCCUGAGAGACAUACCUUCUACAGUAGAAUGGACCACAGAAGUAUUAAUCUUCAAAAAUAACAGUUUUGCGUCCUUGUCCUGGACUGCCUACACAAACUUUUCCAAGCUCCAUGAGUUGGAUCUCUCCCAGAACCAAGUGUCUGCACUACUAAGGACAUCUGAGUUGGUCCUCCCUACACUGAAGAUCUUAUGGCUCUCCAGCAACAGGCUCCAGGAGCUACCAGCAGAUGCCUUCGCUGCCGCAGCCAGACUUGUUGAGAUCUACUUGGAUGGGAACCAGCUCCAAACUCUGAACAGUGCUGCCUUCAGGGGAUUGACAUAUCUGGAGAUUUUGGAUCUCUCCCAAAACCGAAUCAGGGCUGUGCCUAAGGACCUGCUAUACGUAAUUCCAUCCACUGUCCUCAAGACCUUUGACAUAGAGAACAAUUAUCUUACUAGCUUGCCAAACAAGUUCUUCAGUUCAAAGCCUAAUAUUCCUUAUGUCUACCUAUCCCAGAACCCAUGGGUAUGUAACUGUGAAAUGGAGUAUCUGCAAAGCUGGUUGGAUGAUGAAAGCUUCAAUGUAUACAUCCAUACUGGUCCAGAUUCCAUUUUGAGCGACCCAGAAAGUGUAGUGUGUGACAGUCCAAGCCAUCUGAAAAACAGAUCUAUAAUCAAUCUGGAAAACGGAUAUUGUUCUGAACCUGAAAUUCAAACUGAUAUUACGCCAGUUACUGCAAUACAUGACACAGAAACGGUACUCUCAGAAGAACAUACACUAGCCCAAACAACAAACACAUUAAUUCAAAUGACUGAUAUACAAACAAUGGUAGAGCCUAUAUUAACCACACACUCAACACAUUCAAAAUCAAGAACCUUACCUCCAACAACUGCUAUAGAAGCAAUCGUACAGUCUAUAUCAACCACACACUCAACACAUUCGAAAGCAAGAACAUUACCUCCAACAAUUGCUACAGAAGCAAUAGUACAGCGUAUAUCAACCACAUAUUCAAGACAAACGAAAGUAAACACAUUACCUCCAACAAUUCGUACAGACACAACCGUACAGCCUACAUCAACCACAUACUCAAGACAAACGAAAGUAAACACAUUCCUUCCAAGAACUGGUACAGAAAUAACAGUAGAGCCUACAUUUUUGACCACGACCAUGCUUCCAACUGGGUUCAGUCCUUCAGUCAGGAUGUUUGGGGAACAGGGGCAGAGGAGCAAGCAGAAUGGACCAGUGGUGGUGUACUGCUGGUGGCUGUUUGUGGGAUACUUAUGCCUCUGUAUCCUGCUAGGCCUGUGGCUCUGUGUUGGUUGCUUCUGGAUCCUCCGAAUUUACAUUCGAGUUUACCUGCCGCUUUCCCGUUGGAAGAGGGCAAAAACAGAGCAUCUAAGGCACGAGUUAAAGAGCGUGGAAGGGUCUGCGGAGAACAGAAAGAUUAAGACGGCCGACAGAGCAGAGGACAUCUCGCUGCCAUUGGAAGGGACAGGAGGGGUGCAGGCUGUUUUCCGCUCAAUGCUAUUUGUAUCUGUUAGUGAUGAGGGUGAAUCUGAGGGAGAAAAUGCAGCACUGACAUCUGUGGAGAUGGGCCAGGAGGAUGCAACAGCUGGAGAAGAGGGAGAAACAGGACCUGUGUCUAUUAAAAGACGGGAGAACCAGGACGUUAUCAGGAAGUCAUUGUACAGGGUCGUGAAUCGCGAUGGGGAGCCAUCAGUAUUGAGGCACAUGCAAAGCUAUGAGCUUAGUGACAGAGACCCUGAGAUGAAGCAAGAGUCCAGAGAGCUGAUGACACGGUACAGCUUGAUCCUGAGAGAAGAGCAAGUGGAUGGGAAGCAGGAGGAGAGCAGAGUGGGUAGUAAGGAGAGGAGCUCGAGGAGUGGAGUGACAGCAGGAAAUGAGUGGGUGGUGGGGGAGUGGGAAUGGAAGCCAGGAGAAAGGGGACCAGCGGGACAGUCCAUGAAUGUAGGGGAUCCAAUGGCGCUGAUGCCUCUGAUGGCCACAGGAGUGGACUUUCUACCAGGAAACAUAGACACAUCUGCUGUCGACAGCCAUGAUACAUCAGAAACAUCUGUCUAAACAAAGACUGGCUGCUCCCUAAUCACCCAAUUCCAAGAAAGGCCUAUUAAAGAAGCUCCUGCUCUAUUACUGGAUUAUUAGCUAAUAAUUUUCUUUCAUGUUCAUAACUGCCAAACAUGAAGUAUUUUAUAUUUUACUACUUGUUUAUUUGACUGCUCUUUGCAUUAUAUACAUCAACCAGAGUCUUUUAGGUAACAGCAUUAUACAUACAGUAAAUAAACAUGACUAAUUGUUAUUUGCUAUUUCUCUGUUUCAUUUCAUCAAGUCUAUUAAAAACGCAAAUUUACAAUAA